GUGGAGGGUGGGGGGGGGGGAAGGGGGGUCCUUCCUUUCCUCGCAUUACUGAAGUUGAGCAAACUUUGAGAGGACACACUGCGCUUUGAGCAUCUGGUCGUCAUCAGGCAGCAGCCCUUCCCAUGCUCACGUGCUUCAGCCAAAGUGAAGCGAAUGAAGAUCCUUUCUCUCUUUCGCCGCUUUUGAAAGUUGCUUUCGGGGUUGCCCGAUGAACUAAAAUUGCUCUCGUUCCCCAAGCGUCGAUCGCCGCUGCAUGGAUACGCCAAAGGGGUUUGAUUGCGGCAGACAAACCAGAAGAAAGCUUUUGCUGACAUUUGUUUGAGCCCUCUGUGGCGACUUUGGAUAUGAACAAAUUAACUCUCCUCUCCCAACACAACAGCAGACUUUGUCUUUGACAACUAAGACAGACGCUCUUCAAGCAAGGAUCUAUUUGUCUUGUUUUUAGCUUCCGGAUCUCUCGAUUUUACAUUUCCCUUUUUACGUCAUGACCUCUAGUUAUGCGCAUGUAAUGGAUAGGCAAGCCACAAUAUCAAACCGCCUGGAGAAUCCCAUCACGUCUAACCUGGACAACUUGCAAGCCAAAAAGAACUUCUCGGUUAGUCACCUGUUGGAUCUGGAAGAAGCUGGGGAAAUGGUCGGCAACCAGGCAGAUGACAGCGUCGGGGAAGCCGGUAGAAGUACGCUGGAGUCCCCGGGACUGACCAGCGGAAGUGACACGAACCAACAGGACAACGAGCAGAUGAACACAGAGGAAAAGAAGAAGAGGAAGCAGCGCAGGAAUAGAACCACCUUUAACAGCAGCCAGCUCCAGGCGCUCGAGCGAGUGUUCGAAAGGACGCACUACCCUGACGCUUUCGUUCGAGAAGACUUGGCCCGCCGGGUUAACCUUACUGAGGCCAGAGUGCAGGUUUGGUUUCAAAAUAGGCGAGCUAAAUUCCGUCGGAAUGAGCGUGCUAUGCUGGCCAGCAAGAACGCUUCGCUCCUGAAAUCCUACUCAGGAGAGGUUACGGCAGUGGAGCAGCCAAUUGUCCCACGCCCAGCACCACGCCCAAAUGAUUAUCUUUCCUGGGGUAGCACUGCUCCGUACAGUGCCAUGGCCACCUACCCACCAACUUGCUCCAACACUAACACAUCCCAGGGAAUGAACAUGGCUAACAGCAUUGCCAACCUGCGGCUUAAAGCUAAGGAGUACAGCUUGAACCAAGUGCCCACAGUCAACUGAAAGGUGACGUACAGCCAUAUAGAUUAGAGGACCCUCAAAACCACUCGACCCCCACAGAGAAAACAUCAUCUUUGGAAUGAGCUACAGCCGACAUAACCUGGAUCAUGAGUUUGUUUGUUUUUUUUUGUUUGUUUUCAUUUUCUUUUAGAAAUUAGGUGUGAUCACAUUUUGCCUUGAGAUGCAAAAUGUAGGACACCAAGUGAUACAAAAAUGUUUCACUCCAAGACUUUGUCUUGAAAACCAUUUUUUUUUUAUACGGAAACAUCAAGACCAGAUGUUGUAAUCAAAUAUCUGUGUAGUUUUGUUAUUGUGACUGAUACAGAGGCUUCCCCCCACCCCCCUCCCCCUAUUUGUUUUGUUCUGUUAUCAGAGACGCACAAAAAUGAGACUCAAACAAUACGUGGAAUACCCUUUGUCCACUUUGGCUGCGGUGGACAAACUCGCACACCCAAGUCAAUAUUAUUUUUUUUUCUUUACUUCUUUAAAUCGAUCAAGACUCCAUGUUCAACAUGGGGUUUGUGACAUCCAUGGUUCUGGCUAGAUUUGUUUUUAUUAUAUCAUUGUUCUAUCCAUAUUAUACCAAUGACAACCAAAUGUUUUCAACUAAUUUUGAUUUUCAUGUAAGUAGUCAAGAUACAGGAGAGGCUAUUGUAUUUCCCAGUAGAUCCUCUUGAUUUUGUGUCAUAUCGUUUAUUUGUAACAGAAAAACAACAUGUAUAUUAAUUAAUAAAAUGCAUUUCAAGCAA